AUGUCUGCCGCCCCUCAACCAGUGAAGCUUUCGCUGCCUCUUGAGUACCAACAGCACCUCUUUCAGGAGCUCCGCAGCGAGGAUGAGCUGGUGGUUCUUGCUCGGGGUCUCGGCCUUAUGAGGCUGGUCACCAACCUGUUGCAUAGUUAUGAUGCUGCGGGCAACAACCUGAUCAUCAUUAUUGGUGCCGAGGACCGUGAGAAUGCAUGGAUUGGCGAAGCUCUUGCUGAACAUGCCGCCAUCAGCAUGGCUCCCAAAGCGAGGGGGUUGACGGUGGUCAAUACUGACUUCACGAGCGUCGCAGCGAGAGAGAGAAUGUACGCUCAGGGGGGCAUCUACAGCAUCACCUCUCGAAUUCUGGUUGUGGACCUCCUCACGAGUCUGCUCAACCCGGAGACCAUUACUGGUGUCAUUGUCCUACAUGCUGAAAAGGUAAUUGCUACGUCUCUUGAAGCCUUCAUUCUGCGAAUCUUCAAGCAGAAGAACAAGGUUGGUUUCCUCAAGGCCUUUUCCGAUAAUCCAGAUCCCUUCACCAUUGGUUUCUCCCCAUUGGCGACCAUGAUGCGAAAUUUGUUUCUCAGAAAAACCUCUUUGUGGCCGCGAUUUCAUGUCACCGUGGCAAGCUCGUUGGAAGGCAAGAAGAAAGCAGAAGUUAUUGAGCUCGAAGUACCCAUGACAGACGCCAUGAAGGAGAUUCAGACGGCCAUCAUGGAGUGCGUCGAAGUCAGCAUACACGAGUUGAAGAAGAACAAUACCGGAUUGGAUAUGGAAGACUGGAACCUCGACAGCGCCUUGUUGAAGAAUUUUGAUGUCAUGGUACGUCGUCAGCUCGAUCCCAACUGGCACAGGGUCAGCUGGAAGACGAAGCAAAUCGUGAGCGAUCUCACCGUCCUUCGGAGUAUGCUCCAGUCUGUUCUCACCUAUGAUUCGGUGGCCUUUCUUCAGCAUCUAGACACCAUUCAUGCGGCUCACUCGCCGCAGCCUGGCUCGACAAGACAGAGUCAAUCUCCGUGGAUGUUCCUCGAUGCAGCCCACACAAUAUUUAGUGGCGCAAAGCAAAGAGUAUACUCAAGUACCGCCAAGGCAACCGAACAAACUCCGAUCGAUUCGCUGCAACCAGUACUGGAGGAACAGCCCAAGUGGGCUGUACUAGCAGAAAUUCUGGAAGAAAUAGAUCGCGAUUUAUAUUUUGAGCCUGCUCUAAGGGAUGAUUCGAAUGGCACUAUCCUAAUCAUGUGCUCGGACGCCUCUACUUGCCGUCAACUCCGGCAAUACUUGGAAUGGAUGCACGUCAAGCCAAGAGCUGAUGACCCAACAAGCAAGAAGAACAGGGACGAAGAAGGCAAGCCAUCUGCGGCUUAUAUGAUGAGAAGAAAGCUACGGGAAUACCUGAAAUGGAAGAGAGAAUUUGCGCAGAUCAGUAACGCAUUAUUCUCGGAAAACCAGGAAGCAAUCAAGGGCGCCGCAGAUCCUCGACUCGGCCAAGCAAAAGGUCGUGCCCCAGCCAACAAACGUAGACGGCAGAGAGGCGGUGGUGCUGCGGGUACAGUCACCGGGCGUGCUGCCAAUGGCAGCGUGAUUCAGUACUUCGAGAAGCCGUCCGAGGUCGACGGACUUAUUGCCGGAGUGCAACCGACCGAGGAGGAAGCAGCGCAAAAGCCCGAUAUUAUCGCCGAUCCACUGGACGACAUGGAUGAAUACUACCAACUAUAUGAGAUGCAGGACUUGGUUGUCAUUCAUGCGUUCGAGGGAGAUCAAGACGAACAUGUUCUCGAGGAGAUUAAACCACGAUACAUAAUCAUGUACGAACCGGAUGCUAGCUUCAUCCGCCGCGUGGAGGUUUAUCGGUCCUCCCACAGCGACCGAAAUGUUCGCGUCUAUUUCAUGUUCUAUGGUGGUUCCGUCGAGGAACAGCGUUAUCUUGCGUCUGUCCGUCGAGAAAAGGAUGCAUUCACGAAGCUCAUCAAGGAGCGUGCCAGCAUGACCAUUGUUGAUACGGGAGCUGAGAAUGCCGUGGAGGAUCAACAGGAGGCUUUCCUCCGAACCGUAAACACUCGAAUCGCGGGUGGUGGCCGACUUGCCGCUACAGCACAACCACCACGAGUUGUGGUCGACGUGCGAGAAUUUCGCUCCUCUCUGCCGUCCCUUUUACAUGGGCGAAACAUGGUCAUAGUUCCAUGCAUGUUGACAGUGGGCGACUACAUCCUCUCCCCGACAAUAUGUAUCGAACGCAAAUCGGUCAGCGAUUUGAUAAGCUCCUUCAAGGAUGGUCGCCUCUACAACCAAGCCGAAACCAUGUUCCUCCACUACAAGAACCCCAUGCUUUUGAUCGAAUUUGAUCAAAACAAGUCAUUCACACUUGAGCCUUUUGCCGAUCUGUCGGGCAACCUGUCUGCGAUCAACCCUGCAAACGUGCCAUCAGAUCUACAGUCGAAGCUUGUUCUGUUGACUCUUGCAUUCCCACGCUUAAAAAUCAUUUGGAGCAGCAGCCCCUACCAGACAGCCGAGAUAUUUGAGAAUCUCAAGACCCAUGAGGAAGAGCCGGACCCAAUCGCGGCGGUACGAGCUGGAUUGGAUAAAGACGUCAGAGCCGAAGAUCAGACAUUCAACCUGGAACCACAGGAAAUGCUGGGCGUAGUUCCGGGGGUGACACCCAAGAACAUCAUGAACUUGACCCUGAAAUGUGAAAACGUCCGUGAAAUUGCAAACAUGACCGUAGAGGAGCUCAAUCCCUUGGUUGGCCGUGAGGCUGGACGGCAGAUUGAGAGGUUCUUUGCGAGGGAUCUGAUUGAUACUGAUUAA